AUACGAAUUUUAUUCCAUAUAUGUGACCUUAUGUAUGACCAUAUCUACUUAUAUAUGUCCAUACAUAAAACAAAUACUGUUGAAUUAAAAAAGAAAAACAUGAUUAAACGAUAUCAUGGACUACUGUAAACAUAAAUUAAAGACAGAUAUAUGAUUUAAUUAUCAAAUAACUUACCAAGAAGUUGGAACAAUCGUAAGUUUCUUAUUUGAAUGGUAUAAUUUUUUUUAGAAAGUUUACACUGAAAUAAUCAUCUAUCUACCAUAAGGUGCAAAAUUACGAUAUUCAAUAUUAAAUUUCUCAUAAACGAUGUAGAUAAAUCGCAUGAAACUUCAAUCACGAAUGUGUUUUAUCUUAAACCGGAAGCAACAGAACUGGACGACCGGGAGUAAUAACAAGUUUGCACAUAUAAAACAUAACCUCGUAAUCGUCGGGAGUCACUGCAUAAAGCAGUAUCGUAAUGCAAACGCAUUGCAUAGUAUUUGUUAGAGAUACGGACGCAAUUGAACAAUGACUAAUAACUAAUACGUUAUUAUUGACAUUCGUUAAAAAUGAUGCAUCAUACGACAGUAUUGCCGCCUCAGGAUAUCUUAGCCGAGGUUAGAAAAUUCAUCUCCGGUGCCGUCAGGCCUUCCCACAGUACAAACACGCAAGAUGUGACGCGUACGGCGUUAUUCCUAUUGAAAAAUGUACCGGCAGCAAGGGACGCUGUGCUCGAGUAUUUUUGCAACGUGUUCUUCGUCGUAGUGACAAAAUACGUUCGUCUGAUUGAGACAAAUCAACCUAUAAUAAUACCAGAAGAAUGUAUUAUAGCAGAGAUUCACACUGUUCUGAGCAGUUUCAUCAAUGGAAAUCCAGAGGCAUGGGCACCUAUCAUAUCAGCAUGGUCGUUGGAAUUACUUGAUUAUGCAAAACGUGGUAACUUGCCUACAAAAGCUGGCAUCAAUGACUUUCUACAGCAAUGGAUGUCAUGUCGUGCAACACGAACUCUUAUAGACAUUACAGCACAGUGUUUACAGUGUCUUAUGCAUUCUGAUACAGAAUCUUGUAUCAAGGCCUUGUUAGAUACCAGUGUGCUACACAGCCCAUAUUUUGAUUGGGUUGUUGCUCAUGUGGGAAGCUGUUUUCCAAAUACUGUGAUUACCAGGGUAUUGUCGUGUGGUCUAAAAGAUUUUUGUGCUGUUGGAUAUGAACAUAAUAUCAAGAAUCCAAAGUUGAAUUCUGUUGUUGGCAUACUAGGACAUUUAGCAGGUAGUCAUUCCCAGGACAUCAGGAGAGCUUUGUUGGAUUUAUUUAAGUGGAGUUUAGUUGAAGAUGUAAACCUUGAUGAGGAUACCAAGGAACAGAAGUUGGCUACAGUACCAUUCCUUUUAAAUUUAGCUUCGUUAUCACAGACUCUCUUGAAAGCACUAACUAGUGACGUGUUACAAACAUUGAAACCAGAUGUCAUACCACGUCUCGCGUUGUUUGCAGCAGAUUGGUGUAAAUAUUUCAACAAUCAACCAGAAGCGUUGAUCGAUUUGACAGUACAUUUGACACUGGGAUGUGAGCAAGGUGCACUGCAGAUAAUUAAUUUACUAUUGGAUACUAGCUUAAACACAAGCAAUGUUGGCUAUCAUAGCGUCAACGCGGCGCAAAACGUGAAAGACAUUUGUCGAGAGAUACUGGAGUUGAUGCUGCAAGAGAUCGAUCUCUUACUGAGAACACACGGACCUCAGACCGCCAAAGUUGCUCUGUUGAAUUCUAUUAAGCAAGAUAUACCGUUGUUAGUGCCCAUGUUGUUGAAUUCCAAUCCCCUACGCGUGCAGACCGCCGUUAGAUUGUUAUGCUUCCUCAAAAGUCAGAGCCACAACAUAGUAAUCUCUAUGGCGGCCUACAUGCUGGUGCAGGCGCAAACGACGUUUCAUCUCGCUGCCUUGUUACGUCUCAUCACCAACAACAUCGUGUUAUUUCCCGUAAACAAAUCCGAAGACAUCCUCACUGGUAACGGCCACUUUACACAGGUUUUGGAACAAGCACUCAGAGAGAUACACUAUAAAAAUAUUGUAGAAAAGGAGGAAUUGAGACGGUUAUUUCAGAAUCUCACUAUAUUACUGAAAUGGGAAAAGUCGAAUAAAGCGGCGAUACUGCAGUCGAAGAUGAUCACCAGAGCGAUCAGAUCUAAUUUGCACCAGAUAUCUUGUCUGUUAUCGAAAACCGACGACUUUGACUUGGCGACCGACAUUGUCAUCCUACUCGAUCUACUAAGCACACCUGAAAAGGAUCAAAUGCUCUACGUGGAACUUAUGUUAAGAUUAACGAGAGCUUUUAUUCAUUAUUUCUUCUUAUGCAUCGUACAAACUGACAUUAAUAUGAAGCAGCGAGGAGUGAAGAUGGUAUGUCACUUGCUGAGAGAUCUGACGUGUUACUCCCCGUGUGCACGCGUAUUGGCUCUCAGAGAAAUAUUAGGAAACAGUAUAAAUAACGAACAAGCCAAGAGCUUCGGUGCAAAAGAGAAAUUUGAGCCUCGUUUCGAGGAGAUGUUGCUGUUACAUCAGAAUCAUAAACAGGUAACAAGCACUAUGUUAGCGCAACGACACUCAUCGGUGUUUCACGCCGGUGUGAUAGGACAUGGUCCACGGAGACCACCACCUGAAAAUUCAGUCGAUAAAGAAAUCAUUGCUGUGAAUAAAAUAUUACUAAUAGACGUUAUAAAGGCAUGCUGCAGUAACCAAGACUCGGAUCGAUAUCCCGUCAACUUAGACGCUCUGAUGAUGGUCAGUCUACUGCUGGUCGAAUUGGUAUCACCCGAUGUUAUGUACAAUGGUCUUCCAUGGCCCGACGAAGAAUUUACCAAAGUGACGAUCGAAAGAGAUUUGCAAAUCCGUCGCAAGUUCAAAGAUGUACCUUUAUUGUGGACACUGUUGGAACUGACCGCCUGGUACAGACCAGCAUUGGCGUACAGCUCAGUCUUACUGAGAGGCAUUGCUGCGACCGUCAUGGCCAAUUGGAACACCAAGGAAGGUGUAUCGCUCGUUAAUAUAAUGGCACUGGGACAAUUGUUACCGCCGCCAUUGGCGAGUAUUCGGGAUAUUUUGCCUGUUUUGGAGCCGCACCAGAUAAAUACGGUAAUGAAAGAAUGUGUAUGGGCAUACAUGCGUGAACAUGUGCCAUCUCCAGCGUUGUUUACCCGAACUGAUGGCGCUAAUAUAGCUUGGAGGGACAUUGAUACUUCAGCACCCAACGCACGCUUCACGGAUACUCUUCGUUUAGUGCUGCUAGCGAAUAUACAUACUUUAGGAUCUUUGUACUCAAUGUUAUUUUAUAAUGAAAACAAGUAG